UUCAUUAUUUUAAUAUAAUACAACUUGUUCCAAACCACAUCCUUUUGUCUUUGAGCAAAAAACAGUAACCAAGGCAAUUGAGUUCACAAGAUGAAGAAGGGACUCUCUCUAGCAUUUCUGGUGAUGCUUAUUCACCUACAUCUGAGUGGGGCAACAACAUCAUGGAAGGUGGUCAACGGCAACCACCACAAGGGCUGUGUAGGCGGCGCCGCCGUAGAGGACUGUCUCAUCGGCAAAGACUUGGAAUCAGAGUUCUCCUUAGGUUCCCAUACUGCGAGGAUGCUCUAUGAUUUUAGCCAGUCAGUGACCGGGAGAAGCGGUAACUCGAAUGGUGGUUCUGUUAAUUGUCCACAGAGUCGAGGUUAUCGUAGCUGCUUGCCCUCACAAAAUGGAGGUGGACCUAGACAACAAUGUGGUGAUUACACGCGCACUUGCUAAGAUUAUUGUAAAUCUUAAAUGAUUUUCGUUCCUUUUGAUGUUUAAGGUUGUUUUAAUCUGAAGCUGUUUACAAGGUUUUUUUUUUUUUUUUUUUUUAAUUGUGGUUUUGUAUCUAUCACCUGUGUUGUCAAUUGUUGGUGAUUGACUUGGUUUCUCAUUUUAAAUGUUAUUGUUAAGAAAUAAUUCCAUGUAAGGUGGAAGAGUUUAUAUGAACAUAAAGAU